AAUGCCUGACGUUAACUCGUCUCGAGCGACGCACACACAAGACAGCAAAACAUGGCAGAGGAAGCACCAGCAGCUGCGGGGCCGUCUAAAGCCCAGGCUAAACCCACGAAGAAGAAGACGGCGGCGUCCAAGCCGCGAAGCGACGGCCUCAGUCUCCCUAAACUGAUCACACAGGUGGUGGCUGAAUCCAAAGAGCGCAAGGGAACAUCGGUUGCUGCGAUCAAGAAGGCUCUGGGAGGCAAAGAUGUCGAUGUGGUUAAAUCCAACAAGCGGAUCAACACCGCUCUGGUCAACUUGGUGACAAACGGAGUCCUGCUUCAAACCAAGGGAAUCGGCGCUUCCGGGUCAUUUAAGGUGGCUAAGAAGGAGUCCGAACCCAAGCCCAAGGCAGCUAAGAAGCCUGUCGCCAAGAAGUCGCCAGCCAAGAAGACUGCCGCUAAGAAGGCACCUGCCGCCAAGAAACCUGCCGCUAAGAGCAGAAAAGCCGCCGCCCUCAAGAAAGCCAAGUCUCCAGCUAAAAAGACAAAGGCCAGCGCCGCUAAGAGCCCGAAGAAGCCGAAAGCGGCCGCCAAAAAACCCAAGCCCGCCGCCAAGAAGCCGGCGGCUAAAAAGGCUCCCGCAAAGAAAACUCCCGCCAAGAAGCCAGCGGCCAAGAAGGCUGCACCCAAGAAGUCCAAGAAGUGAAUGGACUGACAUUCAUUCUCAUCUUGCUUCAACCAAAGGCUCUUUUAAGAGCCACCACAACAUCCACUAAACAGCAUUUCCUUCGUGUUGUAUUACCAUUUCUGUAAAAUAUAUACGACUAUUUGCCAUACGUCCCUUCACGUUACACAAGCAUACACUCAAGCUAAAGUGUAUUGUCCCCACUCACGUUUGCAUUUAUAAAACAAUAUGGCGGCAUAAGCAAACUAAGCACUUUCUUAGGGCCUCGCCACCACUCAGGUGUCCCCAACUUAAAAGAAGUUUGAGUAGCCCAACCGCCAUUCGCGUGAAUACGUUUGACAAGCAAAUAGCCUUCUGACUAUAAAUAAUAAUGGCGACAUUGGCUUGAAUUAUUGCUAAAUGUAUAUUGUGGUUUUUAAAGUGGAUGUUUUGACAGUAACGUAUUUCAUUUAUUUGUGUAUAGUGUUUGUA